GCAAUCAAGGAUCCUUACAAUGCCCUCGGCGUCAACAAAUCCGCUUCUGCGAGCGAAAUCAAAAAAGCAUAUUAUGGACUCGCGAAGAAAUAUCAUCCCGACACGAAUAAAGAUCCUAAAGCGAAGGAGAAGUUUGCAGAAGCACAGUCUGCAUAUGAAAUUUUGAGUGAUGAGAAGAAGAAGGGAAUGUACGAUCAGUACGGCAGUGCGGCCUUCGAUGCGAAUGGGAACACAGGCGGGGAUCCUGGGUUCUCUGGAGCUGGACCAGGCGGUAUGGGCGGAAAUCCUUUUGCAGGUGGGGGCAACCCUUUUGCAGGCUUUGGGGGAGGUGCACAGGGAGGUUUCGGAGCGGAGUUCAAUUUUGAGGAUCUGUUCUCGGCUUUCGGGGGAGGAGGAGCCAGAAGAGGGAGAUCUAGGGGCUCGCCAUUCCAAGAGGAGGUCAUGGUUGGGGAGAGUAUCGAGGUGCAGACCAACAUCUCUUUUAUGGAUGCUGCAAAGGGCGUGCAAAAGGAAAUUGUCAUUACGCCCUUGGUGAAGUGCAAGACAUGCUCUGGAUCGGGUAUGAAGAAGGGUACGACUCGGGGCACUUGUAAGACCUGUGAUGGGACUGGGUCCCGAGUGCAUUUCAUGCAGGGUGGUUUCCAGAUGGCUAGUACAUGUGGCACGUGUGGCGGCACAGGACAGCAAGUGCCAAAGGGGAGCGAAUGUGGGACUUGCAGAGGGAAUGGUGCUACGCGAGAGAGAAAGACUGUCACAGUGGACAUUCCAGGGGGCGUGGAGGACGGCAUGCGAUUACGAGUGAUGGGUGAAGGAGACCAUCCGGCGACUGGACAAGCUGCGAACCCUAAUGCAAGGACGGAGAAAGGCGACCUAUAUGUCUUCAUCCGUGUAGCACCUGAUUCGAAAUUCUCACGUAGCGGAUCCGAUGUUUUAUACACAGCCAGCAUACCUCUGACGACCGCCGUACUUGGUGGCGAGAUCACAGUUCCAACCUUGGACGGCGAUGUCAAAGUCAAGGUGGCGACCGGCACGGGUACUGGCGACAAGAUCACCAUGGGCGGUAUGGGCAUGAAGAAGCUCAAUUCAAGACGCGAAGCCAAGGGAGAUCUACGAAUAGAGUUCAAGGUCCAAAUGCCGAAGUACUUGUCUGUGAACCAAAGGACCAUCCUUGAGAUGCUGGCAGACGAAAUGGGCGACAACUCUGCGAAGAGGAUCAUGAACUUGAACAACUUGAAAUACGAUCCGUCGAAGAAGGCCCAGCGCAGCUCGUCUGCUGAUUCCAAGGCAGACAGUCACAAGGACGAGGGUGUAUUCAAGAACCUUUGGCAUAAGAUUUCUGGUCAGCACGAAAACUUGGAUAAGCCAGAGUCCGGG